CCCAGACUCGAGACCGUUUGCUCGAGAAUCAAUCCGUCCUUGAGUCCUAGAUUCUGUGGGAGCAACAGGACUCUCGCUCUUUCAAAUUGAGCGUCAACAAUUUACCCUCUUUUUGCCGCCAUCCUCCGUCUCCCCACACUCCCUGGCUGGAUCUGCGCCUGACCUGUGAGCCCAACAUCUUGAUGUUUGAAGGCCUGACCCUUCCUUCGUCGAUGGUAUUCUUUUAAAAGAUCUACUAUAUCUUGCUCUGACCAACCAAUUCGGACCUAAACCGAAUUCCUACUUGCUUAAAUUAUGGCUGAGCAGACGGAGGACUUUUCCUCUCUGCCCUUACCCGACCGCUUUGCUCACAAGAACUGGAAAGUGAGGAAAGAAGGUUAUGAGGAUGCAAGGAAACAAUUUGAAAAGUCACCAGACGAGUCCGACCCGGUAUUUCGACCGUUUUUAAUGGACCCUGGUCUUUGGAAAGGAGCCGUGGCGGAUUCGAACGUAGCCGCGCAACAAGAGGGACUUGCGACAUACUGCGCCUUUCUUAAGUAUGCUGGCGUGCAAGCGUCCUCGAGAACACGGAGUAUUACAACCGUACCUAUUGUGGAGAAGGGGCUAUGCUCAACGAGACCCGCCGCCAAAACAAACGCCUUAGAAGCCCUGUUGCUCUUCAUUGAAUUGGAAAAGGCAGACCCAAUCAUCGAAGAUGUUGUCGGGACACUAUCACACAAGCUGCCGAAAGUUAUAGCUGCAGCCCUGGCCGCUCUCACUGCAAUUUACCACAACUACGGCUGUAAAGUGGUCGACUCUAAGCCAGUGCUCAAGGCACUGCCGAAGGCUUUCAGUCAUGCAGACAAAAACGUCAGAGCCGAAGCCCAAAAUCUAACUGUGGAACUUUAUAGAUGGCUGAAGGAAGCGUUGAAGCCACUGUUUUGGGGUGAACUAAAACCAGUGCAACAACAGGAUCUGGAAAAAUUAUUCGAAAAGGUGAAGCAGGAACCAGCGCCAAAGCAAGAAAGAUUUACUCGAGCUCAACAGGAGGCUAUGGCAGCCGCCGAUGGCCAGCCCGAUGAUGGUGCAGACGGUGCGGGAGCCGACGGUGAAGACGACGCUGCUGAAGAAGAUCUCGAUGUAUUCGACCUGGCAGAGCCAGUCGAUGUCAUGGCAAAGGUGCCGGCUAGCUUCAACGAAAGUGUGGCAUCAUCAAAAUGGAAAGACCGCAAAGAAGCUUUGGAUGCCCUCUACGCGGCUGCAAACGUCCCACGAAUCAAAGAAGCUCAAUUCGACGACAUAAUGCGAGUACUUGCAAAAUGUAUGAAAGAUGCCAAUAUUAUGGUGGUUACAGUGGCCGCCAAUACCGUCGAUGUCUUUGCAAAGGGUCUUCGCAAGGGAUUCGGAAAAUAUCGCCCAGUAAUAAUGUCACCAAUGAUGGAGCGGUUGAAAGAGAAGAAGCAGACCGUAGCUGAUGCCCUUGGGCAGGCGCUAGACUCGGUAUUUGCAUCAACGAACCUUUCAGACUGCCUGGAAGACAUCUUUGAAUUCUUGAAGCACAAGAACCCGCAAGUAAAACAAGAGACCUUGAAGUUCUUGAUUCGCUGCCUUCGUACCACUAGAGAUGUUCCUUCCAAGCCAGAGACAAAGUCGAUAGCUGAAGCUGCUACGAAGCUGCUUACAGAAUCGAGCGAGGUGACUCGCUCGGGUGGUGCUGAGAUCCUCGGCACUUUGAUGAAGAUUAUGGGUGAGCGAGCCAUGAAUCCUUAUCUGGAUGGUCUGGAUGACAUUCGGAAAAAUAAAAUAAAGGAAUUUUUUGAAACAGCCCAAGUCAAGGCCAAGGAUAGACCCAAGCCUAUCAUCGGUCCUCCAAAGGCCGCACCUGGUCCUGCAAAACGCACGGUUGCCAAGAAGCCAGCAGUCCUUAAAAAGCCUGCCCCCAUUUCCACAGAGCCUCCAGCCGAAGAUCCUCCAGUUCUCUCGUCUCCCGCUCGGACCAAGCCAGCCGCGAAAGGGCCCCCGUCGAAACUCGGUGGCAUAUCAAAGUCUAGUGGUCUCGCAACUCCUGGCUCAGGUCUCAAGCUGCAGAGGAAGCUUCCAGGCCCCGGCGGAGCAGUGCCCCAACUCUCUUCGCCUAGACGGCGCACCGCUUCUCCACCACCAGAAGAACCGGCCCCUGCAGCAGCCCCAGCUCCUGUCCAGCCUAAAUUUGGUCUUGGCCGCGGUCUCGCAGGCCGACCGAUUGCAAAGCCCAGUGCUCCGUCUGCAGAGCAUGCUCCAGUACCUGCUUCCGCACCUAGCCAUGUUGCAUCCGGUCUGUCCGUUGUUGAGAGAGCGGAGUUGGAAGAACUUCGAUUGGAGAAGGAGAGAUUAACGAAAUUGACGGAAGAUCUACGGUCGGAGCGUGCGAAGUUGAAUUCGGAAAUAAAUGAGUUGCAAAACCAAAAUGCGCAAUUGAUAGAAGACCAUACUAGAGAUGUCCUAAGCAUCAAGGCCAAGGAGACUCAACUUGUACGUGCGAAGAGUGACGCUGAAACCGCCGAACAAACUGUGCAGAAACAACAAAGAGAGAUUGAACGGCUCAAGCGAGAAUUAACAAGGGCCAUGCGAGCUAAUGCAGCUAGCCCACCAAACCCAUAUGUUGACCAACUGGGUCUAAAUAUGGGUGUUAAUGAAGCUAGCGCUGGAAUAUAUCAAGAUGACAAUCUUCGAGCAAGCCUGCACAUGGGCUCUAGAUUCGAGAGUGCUAGACCUAGAAGUUAUGUUUCAUCUAGUCCCAGUGAAGAGAAAGAAAACAAUGGCCUCGCCUCACCGGGUCUAAGUUCGAGGUUUGCUAGUCAGAGAAAGUUUAGCCCUCCCGUGGGAUCCGCCUAUUCUUCCGGGAGAGGAAGUCCUGCUAGGACAUCGACAAGAACAGGUGGCAUGGGUGCGGACGGGAUAACGUCCCAGGGCGAGCCGGCCGAGAAUUGGAGACGAGCCGCCGAGGUCACAAGUCAAUUGAAAGCUAGAAUAGAGCAGAUGAAGGCGAAGCAAGGCCUAUCACGCCCGCCUCCGUCACAUUGA